GUGAUCGUCCACCUUGGCUGCACUUCACCGCCCCAAAACCCUCACCCUGUCUCUCUGUACUCCGUGCCCCUUCUCUCUGUGGUCCUCUUCAAUGGAGCUCAAGUACCGGGCGGUCGAUCAAAGGCCGUCGGAGUACAUUCCGCAUUCUCCGGGGGUCAGUUACUUCCCGCAGCAGGCCAUCAGAGCUGGUUUCAUGAGUUCUGCUGAUAUGAGAUAUGCUCCAGAUUUGGGGUUAAAUCCGACCAUCAACAUGGAAGCAAACCAAAGGCGAGAGCGAAAUGGCUCCCUCGGAGCACUGGACAAUGAUAUGGGAUAUCCUCCAAACCGCAAAUUAAAUGUGGAAGUUGACCUGAUGCUGGAGCAGAAUAACUCUGUGCAAGCAAUACAAUAUGAUGCAAUGCAGCGCCAGUUGGAGAAGCAGCGAAUCAGAGAAGAGAUCAUAGCCUCGGAGUUUGAGAGGCGCAGAAUGCUCGAGCUAGAGGUCAGAAGGGAAUUGGAACAAGAAAUGGCAAUGCAACGUGCGGCUGAUGGAUUUUCAUUUCAAGAGAGAUCUGCGAUGUGGUUUGAUGAGAGAUUCUCCUUUGUGGAUCGGGUAGAUGAUCAACUGAUGCGGGAACCAUGGGCAUCUUGGGGUCGUGAUAUGUUCUCAUCUAGGUACCCCAUGAGGCUAAUCCCUGGAGCUACUCGUGCUACAGUGGAUAUGUUCCCAUCGAGAUACCCUGUGCAGCCAUUCCCUGGAGCUACACAAUCUGAAACGGAUGCUGAGGUUCGUAGAAGCAGGAUAAUUAUGCUGGCUAAACCAACUCCAAAUCUCUCUGGAGUAAAGAGGAAACUUACCACCCCACCUGGAGAAAGUUCCUGGGUGCCACCUAUUAGAAAUGAAAAAGUGAAGGAAGAACAUAGCUGCGCCCUUUGCCAAGUCAGUGCCACUAGUGCGAAGGGCCUGAACGAACAUCUCCAGGGGAAGAAGCACAAAAUGAUGGAAGAGAAGCUCAGAGCUGAGAAGAUCGACAGAAAGAAAGCUCCAAACGGGAAGUUUUUUAAAGGUAAAUCCCCCGCAAAAUCAACAAAGAACACUAAGGAAGAAAUGGAUGAGAAGUCCAUGCCGCAGCCUUUGGAGGAUUUGAAGGACAAUAGUAAUGGUGCCAGUUCAAGCAAAGAUGACAGACCAAAACUUGCUCCAGAAGUGGAUAUUCGUCCUGAGUCAAGAAAGAAGAGGAAGAAGAGCUUCAAGUUCUGGUGCGAACAGUGUGGAGUUGGUGCUUACUGUGAGAAGGUAUUCGAAACGCACAUGAAUGGAAAGAAGCAUUGGCUCCAUCUACCGAUGAACAAGCCAGCAGCAUCAGAUACUGCCGAGAACGGUAAUAAAUCCAGCCCAGCUCCUAACAUGAGCUAAAUGGUUGGUUAUAUAUUGUUCUCUGUCGUAUGGGGGUUAAAUCUAAUUUCUAAUACGACUUAUUCAGUCAUACUGAUACUGAAGGUUUUGUGAUUAGGUUGCAACGCAUAACUAGCUGAUGCAGGGGGCAAUGUAUAUCUUCUCCUUGAUUUGAAGUUUUCGGUGUCUCUGAGGCUGACAAUGAAUGAUAACGUGUUGCGGUGCUAAUUGAAUUAGAAGAAGUUCAUUAA